AUGAAAAAUAAAUUGGGAGGAACUGGUAAAAUAUACACUGGAAUAAAGCUUGUGUCUCUUUUCAACAAAGUCAACGAUAUUCAACAUAAAGAAGGGAAGCAAAAGAAACAAGUUUUGUUCUGCGGACCGUCAAACAGAUCGGUUGAUUUGGUUGCAGAAUGGAUGUACUACCGUAUGGGUAAUUGCUGCCCCGAUUUCGUCCGUGUAUAUGGAAGGUCCACUGAAGCACUGGACUUUCCCAUUCCUGGGAGGACAUUUCUUUCCAAGAGAAGUACCAGAAACCAGAAAACGUCACCAGUGUUAUAUCCAGUAGCCCUUCAUCAUUUUAUUCGACAAAAAAGAAAGAAAUAUGCAGAAGAAAUAAAUGCAUACGAUAAACUGUUCAAGGCCAACUAUGAACCAAUGCCAGCAAAGGUGGCGGCAUACGUUCGCAUUGUCAGAAAGGCUUCUAUUGAUGAAAUUAGAAAACAUGACGUGAUACUGUGCACAACAGCCGUUGGUUCAAACCCAAAAGUGCUAAAAGCAAGUAGCGUUCAUCAGGUAAUCGAUGACGAAGCAGGCAUGUGUCCAGAGCCACAAUGUCUAGUGCCAAUCAUUGCUACCAAGGCUGAGCAAGUUGUGCUUAUUGGGGACCACAAGCAAUUGAGACCAAUCAUCAUGUGUAAAGAAGCAGGAUUACUAGGAUUGGAAACCUCACUAUUUGAACGUUAUGCCGUUACAAACACAAAGCAUAUUAACAAUGUGAAGUUUACUAUGCUGGAGGAACAGUAUCGAAUGAAUCCCCAAAUCUGUCGUUUUCCAUCUGAGAAAUUUUACGACAACGCCCUAAUUACAAUGCCGGGACUUUGGAAAACUAGCCGCAUGCAUAUCUGGCCGAAACACAUGAAGACUUCCUAUCCGCAUAUAUUUGUUCACGUUGAAGGAGAAGAAAAGGUCUUGACAGUAUCAACGGAAGAUGGCAAUGAACAAUCGAAAAGUAAUGCGCUUGAAAUUGAUGAAGUGUGGCAGACCCAGAUUGUUGUUUAG